ACUACAAUUGAAAACAGCUGAUUCAGACUCGCAUGUGGACAAUUUCAUUGUACAUAUUUUACUUGCCAUAAGCAGAUAAAUAGUAAAUAAAAUAAAUUAAAUUUAAAAUGGGUUUAUCACCAGGAGUUAAGGAACGUUUGGAAGUUGUCUAUGAAAUCGCCAAAACCACAUUCCAUUGGGGUUUUGUGCCAAUGGUUUUGUAUUUGGGUUUCAAGAAAGGAGCUGAACCUGGUAUGCCACCAUUAACUAUUAUGAGCUUAUUGUGGCAAUAAUUGGAAAUGGCAUUUAUUAGUUCUUAAAAUUUGGGUUCUGGGCGGGUUUAUUCAAUGUGUACCUAAACACUACAGUAAUGUAGAUCAUCUGUUGGGUUAAUAAAUCAAUUGUGAUUGAAAAAACA